AUGAUCAAUAUGCCGACAAAUCCGGGAGCUCCGCAGCAGGCGAACGUGAAGCUUGUCAGCCUCUUUCAGCAUCCCACCAUGAUCGCAACAGUUGCAGUAGCCGGCGCUACUGGGGCCGUGGGGAGGACUCUGGUGGAACAAAUCCGGAAAGAGAACAAACUUCGCGUGAUUGCUCUGACACGGCGGGAACACUUCGAGUCCCCAUUCGACAAUGUGCAAUAUGUGCAGGUUGACUACGAUGACGGCCCAUCACUAGUGCAACAUCUAGAGCGUAACGAAGUACUUACGGUGAUCUGUGCGAUUGGAAUGUUGGGAGAAGACUGCUCCGAAGCGCAGCUCAAUUUGAUUCAAGCGGCCGACCGCGCAAGUACGGUAAAAAGAUUCAUGACGAGCGAAUUCGGAUAUUUUACAUCUGAAGAGAGAAGGGACAUUGAUCCCGGGGUUGACUGGUUCCUGAAGGCCGCAGAUCUUCUUAAGAGCAGCGGCUUAACCUAUACUCGCCCUGUGUGUGGCGUUUUUAUGGAUUUCUUGGGGAUGCCAUAUGCUCAAUCAAACAUUACUCCGAUGAACAUUGUCAUCGACGUCCUCAAUCGAGAAGCCCACCUCCCCGGGGAUGGCAAUAGCCCUUUGACCAUGAUUUAUAGCUAUGACGCCGCAACCUUGGUUGCCAAGCUAUUAGAAGCGGAAGAAUGGUCCGAGUUUAGCUUCUGCAACGGUGAAGAUACUACGUUAAGUGAAGUCCUCAAGGUAGCAGAGGAAGUCCGCGGUCAAAAUUUUGAUGUCGUAUAUUUGAAGCGUGAGGAUAUCGACAAAGGCGCAAUACCUAUACUGAAGAUUCCAAGGGGGAGUGGCAUUGAGCCAAAGGAACUUCUAGACUAUAGCGUAUUCGGGUAUCAGAUGUACCUCAGGAAAGGCUUCCAGCUACCAACAGAAGGGCGAAUUGGGAACUUAUUCCCUGGCUUCAAGCCUAGAACAGUUCGGGAGUUUUUAGAAUCGAUUUGGAGAUUUAAUUCGUAG